AGAAUGACAGUAUGCAGGAGUGAACAGAGCUUGUUCAUUGUAUGGUGUUAUUCUGUUAUUCUGUGCUCCAAAGUAGCUUCAUAGCUGGAUCGGGUGCUAACUACAAUAACUGCUCUACUAUGGAAUACAGAUAUGUGAAUUCAGAUAGCUAAUUGUUGCUUGGAGGAAUCUAUCAUGCUUUCACAUAAAGAGAGAUUUUAAAAGCCAGGUUUCUAACUGUAAAGAUGCAAAACCGUAACAUCCAUGAAGAUCCUAUUACCUAGGAAGAAUCUGACAUUUUGCUGUGAAUGGUGUGUUGGGAUUUAUUUAUUCUUGGAGUGUUCUGCGUGGCUGGCAAAGAAUAAUGUUCCAAAAUCAGUCCAUCUCCCAAGGGGUCCAAUUUUUCUUCCUGGGUGUCAGCAAGCCCUGACUCACAACAGUGCAGCUGACAGGGACUGUCAUGCUUGUGGCACCCUAAGCAAAAACAAAAGACCUAAGGACGACCUUUGAACAACACAAAGGAUGGGUUUCAAUGUAAUUAGGCUACUGAGCGGAUCAGCUGUAGCCCUGGUAAUAGCCCCUACUGUAUUACUGACAAUGCUUUCUUCUGCUGAACGAGGAUGCCCUAAGAGCUGUAGGUGUGAAGGAAAAAUGGUAUAUUGUGAAUCUCAGAAAUUACAGGAGAUACCCUUGACUAUAUCUGCUGGUUGUUUAGGUUUGUCUCUUCGCUAUAACAGCCUCCAAAAACUAAAACAUAAUCAAUUUAAAGGUCUAAAUCAGCUCACCUGGCUGUAUCUAGACCAUAACCACAUCAGCAAUAUUGAUGAAAAUGCUUUCAAUGGAAUACGCAGACUAAAAGAGUUGAUCCUGAGUUCCAACAGAAUCGCCUAUUUUCUUAAUAAUACCUUCAGACCUGUGACAAAUCUCCGUAACUUGGAUCUGUCAUACAAUCAGCUGCAGUCUUUGGGAUCUGAACAGUUCAGGGGCUUAAGGAAGCUGCUGAGUUUACAUUUGCGAUCCAAUUCCCUAAGAACCAUCCCUGUUCGAAUAUUCCAAGAUUGUAGGAACCUUGAACUUCUGGACCUGGGUUACAAUCGCAUCCGAAGUUUAGCAAGGAAUGUCUUUGCAGGCAUGAUCAGGUUGAAGGAGCUUCACCUGGAGCACAAUCAGUUUUCUAAGCUCAACCUGGCACUUUUUCCAAGACUAGUCAGCCUUCAAAACCUUUAUUUACAGUGGAAUAAAAUCAGUGUGAUAGGACAAACUAUGUCCUGGACCUGGAGCUCAUUACAAAGGCUUGAUUUAUCUGGCAAUGAAAUAGAAGCUUUCAGUGGACCUAGUGUUUUUCAGUGUGUGCCCAAUUUACAGCGCCUCAACCUGGAUUCAAACAAGCUCACAUUUAUUGGUCAAGAAAUUUUGGAUUCUUGGAUAUCCCUCAAUGAUAUCAGCCUUGCUGGGAAUAUAUGGGAAUGCAGCAGAAACAUUUGCUCUCUGGUAAACUGGCUAAAAAGUUUUAAAGGGCUGAGGGAAAAUACAAUUAUCUGUGCCAGCCCCAAAGAGCUGCAAGGGGUGAAUGUUAUUGAUGCGGUGAAAAACUACAGCAUUUGUGGCAAAAGUACUACAGAGAGGUUUGAAUUAGCAAGAGCUCCCCCAACAUUUAAACCAAAACUCACCAGGCCUAAACAUGACAGCAAGCCCCCUCUGCCCCCAACUAUCGGAGCCACCGAAUCCAGCUCAGAACUCGAGCACGACACAGAACACAUCUCCUUUCAUAAAAUCAUAGCAGGGAGUGUGGCCCUUUUUUUGUCCGUGCUUGUGAUCCUGCUAGUCAUCUAUGUGUCAUGGAAGCAUUACCCAGCCAGUAUGAAGCAGCUGCAGCAACACUCUCUCAUGCGAAGGCACAGGGAAAGAAAAAGGCAGUCGCUGAAGCAAAUGACUCCAACCACACAGGAAUUUUACGUAGAUUAUAAACCUACCAACACUGAAACCAGUGAGAUGUUGCUGAAUGGAACAGGACCCUGCACGUAUAACAAAUCAGGCUCCAGGGAAUGUGAGAUACCUUUAUCUAUGAAUGUGUCAACAUUUCUCGCCUAUGACCAACCCACAAUAAGUUACUGUGGUGUACAUCAUGAACUCCUUGCUCAUAAGCCCUAUGAAUCUAAUGCACAGGAAGAAACAAUGGAAACACACCUAGAGACUGAUCUGGAUCUCAGCACAAUAACAACAGCCGCAAGAAUCAGUGAACACAGUCAGCAGCUAGCUUAACUGAUUUCAUUUGUAACAGAGGACUGCAACCAACCUAUGUAACUUGAAGGACAAAAGAGGAAGAUAUUCUGAAAUGGUUUCCGAAACCCCUGUUCAAUUAAAAGAGAACUAAGAGUUACACUGAAGACAUGAAUUGUUUCAAGUCUACAAUUUGUAAUUAGCUAAGUUGUGCAGUAUUUUUGACAUACAGCAGAGUAUGACCCUUGAAGCAAAUCUUUUUUCAAAAUUCAUCCUACCUACCUGUAAAAACUGUACAGAUCUAAUGUAUUUUUCAUAUUGUAAAGUUUCAAUUACUGAGAACAGAUGGUAUGUACAGUACCAGAACUGAAUUACAUCUCACUUUACAAAUUUCAGUUUCUAAAGUUUUAAAUUAACAAAAAUUAUUUCUUAUGUUAUUCAGUUACUCAGUUUUGUAGGGACAGUUUUGUUAUUGCUUUUGUGCCCAGAAAACUUUACUCUAAAAUUCUGUGCUGUGCAGAACAUGCAUAAUUUUUACCAUGCUUACCAUGUAGAAUUUUAUCUACUUGUACCAGAAAUAAUACAUUAACUAAAAGAAGGGUUUAAUU